AUGUUACCGCAAUGUCAAGGCCCCGUCUGGGCCAUUGACGACCUGUCUCGUUGCUUCCAGCGCAACGUUCUUCAGGUCAUACUUCCCCUCACAGUCUGCGGCACUUCGCUGCUGGUGAUCCUAAUCCGCCUCGCUCAUCGAUAUAUCCUCACUCAAAAAGGUGUCGCUUACAAGGUUCUCCCGAACAAUGACUCGGAAGAUGAGGUCCCCAGUGCAUCGCAGGAAAACGAGUCCGAUACGAUGUUGUUCCAAGCUGUACAACAAGAACAAGCUCAGAUUGUCGAGGUCAAUCGCCCGCGUGGAGAGAUCACCGUUGUACUACUCGAGAUCGCAGCUUUAAUUGCUCAAGUUGGGGUCUAUAUCGCCGUUUUGUCGACUCACGGCUGGGGCCGACAUGGAACCCUCCCCGCCGUGGCUGGGCUUGUGUCGUGGGCCUACAUCCUUUUCUUGGUGCUGGUCCGUUUCCUCCUAUCGACCAUGGACCUUUCCUCUGCGCCGAGAAUCUGGACCCAUACAGCGAUUCUGUACAGCUUCCAGUGGUUGUUCAACAUCAUGGUCUUCCGAUCCGCCAUUAUCCACCCCGUGUCCCAGCAAGCCCUGAUUUUCAGCAGCAUUCAGUUCGCUCUGAGUACGGUGUUGCUGCUCAUUGCGCUCACCACUCGCCGAGGCAAUAAGCCAGUUCUGGUUGAACGCGAAGAUGGCUUGGAGCCUCCAACAUACCCCAUGGCCAGUUUGUUAUCUCUUGCGACAUUUGCCUGGCUCGAUCCUUUGGUCAUGAAGGGUUAUCGCCAACCCCUGGAGAUUGAGGAUGUUUGGAACCUGACCCCGUCUCAGAAGGCUGCGCACGUGCUUAGAGAAUUCCGCAAGAGACAAAUGAAAGGCUCUUUGGCAUGGAAGCUCAUCCGGUACUUUAUGGGGACAAUUCUAAAGCAGGGUGCCUGGACAGUCUUCGCCAAUCUAUUCGUUUUCAUGCCUAGUCUACUCCUCAAGGCCAUCCUCGAGUACGUCGAAGAUCCUCGGUCGACCACACCCCGCGCGGCUUGGUUGUUCGCCAUUCUGCUCUUCUGUUGCGCCGCGGUUCAGGGUGUCGCAGAUGGACAGGCCUUAUUUAUUGGUCGUAAGAUGGGCGUGAAAAUCCGUGCGAUCAUUAUUGGUGAAAUUUAUGCCAAGGCUCUUCGCCGCAAGGCAGGCGCUUCACUGGAGGUCAAGAAACCCGUAGAAGAUCCAAUCAAGAAUAAGAAGAAAAAGCUCUUUUCCUUUGGUCGCAAGAAGCAGGCCGCCAAUGGAAAUGAUGCCGAGGCUGGCAACAAGCCAGAGACAAUUGCGGAGGAACCUACACAGGCCAAUGUUGGCACAAUUAUCAACUUGAUGGCGAUCGAUUCGUUCAAGGUGAGCGAGGUCGGUGCCUAUCUCCACUUCUUGUGGGCUAGUGUGCCAGUGCAGAUUACAAUGGCGAUUAUUCUGCUCUACCACAUCAUGGGUUUCAGCUCAUUUGCCGGUAUCGCUUUGAUGGCGCUCAUGCUGCCUAUCAACCUUGUUAUCGCCCGCCAGUUCAACAAGGUCCAGAAUCAGAUUUUGAAGGGCACCGAUGCCCGUAUUCACGCCACUAACGAAGUCCUCCAAAACAUCCGCAUCAUCAAGUACUUUGCUUGGGAGCAGCGGUUCCAAGACAUUGUCGGCGAGAAGCGCAAGACCGAACUGAAAGCCCUGCGCAAGCGAUACAUCCUCUGGUCCUCCGCCGCAACCGUCUGGUACGGCACGCCUAUUCUCAUCACGUUCAUGUCCUUCUUCUUGUAUACUGUUGUCGAGAAAAAACAACUGACCCCUUCGAUCGCUUUCCCUGCCUUGUCCAUGUUCUCUUUGCUGCGGGUACCCUUGGACCAGCUCGCGGAUAUGGUGGCACACGUUCAGGAAUGUAAGGUUUCUCUAGAUCGUGUGGACAAGUACUUGAACGAGGAGGAAACAAGCAAAUACGAUCAGCUCCGUGAUAGUACUGUCACAGGAACACCUGCCAGGAUUGGUCUUGAAAAGGCAACGCUAUCUUGGAACAGCUCCAGUGGGGAUUCCCAAGAUACCGAGGCUGAUGCCGACUUGGAGGCUUUCCGUCUGAUCAAUGUCGACGUUGAAUUCCUUGUCGGCAAGCUUAACAUCAUUGUUGGCCCGACUGGAUCUGGAAAGACCUCCCUGCUCAUGGCUUUGCUUGGAGAAAUGAAACUUCUCGAGGGUCGUGUUCAUCUUCCCGGUGGAAUGCCCAACAGGGCAGAUCUCCCAGUGGACCCUGAAACUGGUCUGGUUGACAGCAUUGCUUACUGUGCCCAGGAAGCCUGGUUGGUCAACGACACUGUAAAGGAAAACAUCAUCUUCGCCUCUCCCUAUGAUGAACGUCGCUACCGUGCGGUGCUGAAGGCCUGCGCCCUGGAACGUGACCUCGCUAUCCUUGAUGCUGGUGAUCAAACUCUUGUUGGCGAGAAGGGCAUUAGUUUGUCUGGUGGCCAGAAGCAGCGAAUCUCUCUUGCCCGCGCUAUCUACAGCAGUGGCCGCCACUUGCUGCUAGAUGACUGUCUCUCUGCUGUCGACUCUCAUACCGCCAAGCACAUCUUCCGCCAAGCUCUUACCGGCCCUCUGAUGUUCAACCGCACAUGUAUUUUGGUAACCCAUAACGUUGCUUUGACUGUCCCCCAAUCGGAUCACGUUGUGGUACUUGAGCACGGCAGAAUUUCCGCCCAGGGCCGUCCCAACGAUGUCGCCGCUACUGGUGCAUUGGGCGAUGAGUUCCUCAAGUCUCGACCCAAUUCCCGACCCAGCUCUCGUGGACUCUCCCGUGCCCCAUCGAACCAUGAAUCGGAUGAUGAAGAUUUGAACGGCACUCCAAAUGGAAAGGUAGAAGACAAGGCCAAACUCACUGAAUCUAAGGCUACUGGUAGUGUCAAGUGGUCGACUGUCACCAUGUACCUCCGUGCCAUGGGCCCGUGGUACUAUUGGGUUGGUGCUGUUGUUGUAUUCGUCUUGCAGCAAUUGGGUUCUGUUUCCACCAACAUCUGGAUCAGACAGUGGGCGAAUUCUUACCAUACGUCCAAGGAUAGUGCCGAGGACGUCGGAAAGUACGCCGCCGCGGCCCAUCUCAAACCCCCUACCUUCAGCAUUGGAAGUGUUGGGCGCAUGAGCAGCUGGGGUCUGCCCCAAUUUGGCGCAAGCUCUUCCGGCAACUCUGAUGGGGAGGUGAACGUGGCUUAUUACCUGGGUGUCUAUGCGCUCCUGGGAUUCCUCUAUAUCGCAAUCUCUUUGUCUCGGGAAGCUGUUCUGUUCUGGGGUUCGCUCCAUGCAUCAUGGAAGAUUCAUGAUCGCCUUCUCAGGGCAGUCAUGCACGCAAAGUUCAGAUUCUUUGACUCCACGCCUCUUGGUCAACUGAUGAACCGGUUCUCCAAGGAUGUUGAGUCUGUCGAUCAGGAAGUCGCUCCUGUUGCUAUCGGCAUGCUCCACAGUCUGGCAUCUGUGAUUAUGAUUGUCAUUCUGAUUUCGUGGAUCACGCCAGGAUUCUUGAUUGCCGGUGUGUUCAUCACUUUGGUGUACACUGCCCUCGGUGCUGUUUAUUUGAACUCUUCGCGAGACCUCAAGCGUCUGGAAUCUGUCCAGCGCAGUCCCUUGUACCAGCAGUUCGGUGAGACCCUGAACGGUAUCGUCACCAUUCGUGCUUAUGGUGAUGGUCCUCGCUUCAUGGUCGACAACCACCGCCGCAUCAAUGCCUACAACCGGCCACACAUCUACCUCUGGGCUAGCAACCGCUGGCUCGCCCUCCGUGUUGAUUGGACCGGUGCUCUAGUCUCGUUCUUCUCGGCUACCUUUGUGUUAUUGAACGUUGGAACGAUCGAUGCUGGUGCUGCCGGUCUUUCCCUGACCUACGCCGUCACAUUCACAGAGAAUGUCCUUUGGCUUGUGCGUCUGUACUCCGAGGUCCAGCAAAACAUGAACUCUGUCGAGCGUGUCAGAGAAUACCUUAAUGUGGACCAGGAAGCAGCUUCUGUCAUCGAAGACUCACGACCUGCGUCUGAUUGGCCCAGCCAAGGUGCGGUCGAGUUCAUUAACUACACUACUCGGUACCGACCCGAUCUGGACCCGGUUCUCAAGGACGUUUCGUUCUCUGUAAAGGCUGCCGAAAAGGUCGGCAUUGUCGGUCGCACCGGUGCUGGCAAGAGUUCUCUCGCGCUGGCUCUCUUCCGCGGUCUCGAGGCCGAGAAGGGUCAGAUCAUCAUUGACGGCGUUGACAUCGGGUCAAUCGGACUGCGGGACCUGCGCCAGUCAAUCACCAUUGUCCCCCAGGAUCCGACCCUGUUCACCGGAACCCUCCGCAGCAACCUCGAUCCCUUCGGUCUCUUCAGUGACGAACAGAUUUUCACAGCUCUCCGUCGCGUGCACCUUAUCGGUUCCAGCACCUCAGGCACCGCAACCCCCACAACCUCAAGCAGUCGCACCGCGACGGAAAUCAACGGCAGCGGCGUGAACAGCAGCGCAGUGACAGUAGUCGAUAAUAAAAACGUCUUCCACAACCUGGACAGCCAAGUCUCGGAGUCCGGCUCCAACCUCUCCCAAGGCCAGCGCCAGCUCCUCUGCCUCGCCCGCGCCUUGCUCAAGAACCCCCGCGUCUUGAUGAUGGAUGAAGCAACCGCAUCCAUCGACUACGCCACCGACGCCAAGAUCCAAGAGACCCUCCGCGAAUUGAGCAACAGCACAAUCAUCACAAUCGCACACCGACUGCAGACCAUCAUCGACUACGACAAAGUCCUUGUCCUUGACCACGGCCGCGUUGUCGAGUACGACCACCCCUGGACCCUCAUUAACAAAGAAGACGGCGUCUUCCGCGGCAUGUGCGAGAACAGCGGCAACAUGGACGUUCUUCUAGACGGAGCCCAACGCGCUUGGACGCAGAAGCGUCUUGUCGGUGAUUGUUAA